AUGCCGACUAUCCCGUCGAGAGGGUGCAGCCCCCGGGCUCUAACUCAAGGUGUUGAUCCUCCACCAAACAACAACCCUGCGCCGGAUCUCCAUGACACUGCCGCAUCGUCGUCCGUAGUUGACGAGUCCCUCCAAGCACGUAUAGAACGUCUCGGCCGCGAACGCCCUCCGAUCUUUACAACCCGCUGGAGCGAGAUAAUCUUCGUCUUCAGCAUCUCCAUGUCUCAAUUCCUGACAGAAUACUUCGUCUCGGGAUUCACUGUCAUCCUCCCAACACUCAUCAGAGAGCUCGAUAUCCCACAAGCAGCCAGUGUAUGGCCAGCGACCGCUUUCUCACUCGUCAUCGCCAGCACCUUGCUCGUCUUUGGCCGUCUGGGCGACAUGUGGGGAGGAUAUCCCAUCUUCAUGUGGGGUCUUGCCUGGCUUCUUGUCUGGAGUAUAAUAGCCGGGUUCAGCAUCAAUCCGCUGAUGCUCGACUUGUGCCGAGCUCUGCAAGGGCUAGGAGCUGCCGCUUUCUUGCCUACUGGAGUCAUGCUUAUGGGUUCCUUGUAUCGUCCUGGGCCACGAAAGAACCUCGUCUUUGCAGUAUAUGGCACUUCAGCGGUAUUUGGCUUUUUCGGUGGCAUUCUCAUGGCAGGCAUCGUAGGUCAAUUCACCCGCUGGGGUUUUUAUUUCUGGAUCGGCGCUAUCCUGACGGCAAUUACGCUGUUAACUUCAGUCUUGUCCAUUCCGCGUCCUCAUUCAAAGGACCAGCCCCCAAGCAAAGUCGGAAUGGACUACCCUGGCGCCAUCACAAUCGUCUCUGGCCUCACCCUAGUCGUGUUUUCCAUCUUGCAAUCAGCACAUGCCCCUGCGGGUUGGAAAACGCCAUAUAUUCCAGUCUGUUUCGCACUUGGUGUCUUGUCACUCCUUGCCGCAGUCAACAUCGAAACGCGCGUCGCUGUUCAUCCUCUCCUGCCGGCUUCGAUCUUCACUACUCCUUGCAUGAGCCCUCUCCUUUUGGCCCUCUUUCUGCUCUAUGGCACCUGGGGCAUCUUUUCUGUAUAUGGCACGCUCUACUUCCAGAACAUCAUGUCUGCCAGUCCGUUGCAGGUGGUAGCAUGGUAUGUGCCUCUCGGUGUUGCAGGCCUCAUUUUCAGCAUCAUAGAGGGCUUUAUCUUGCACCUGGUUCCAGGACGUGUGCUUUUGAUCAUCUCCGGCCUGGGAGCAGUAGGGUCACAGCUUCUCAUAGCUCUGAUUCCACCCGGGGGAAGUUAUUGGGCAUGGGUCUUUCCUGCGGUCAUCUUCAGCACCAUAGGAAUUGAUCUAUCCACGAUCUUGAUGACCGUUUUCGUGACGACGACUUUUCCUACAGCGCAACAGGGACUGGCUGGCAGUGUCAUUAAUUCUGUGCUGCAGCUAGGUGUAGCCUUUGUCCUUGCUUUGACAGACAUCAUCCAAUCAGCAACGGUAGAUGAGGCAGGAUUGGCGAGGAGCUAUAAGAACACGUUUUGGUUUGGAGUGGGUGCUGCAACCGUGAGCUUGUUGAUUCUGGCAAUCUGGGGUAAGGUACCUAAGGCCAGUAGUGAUUUGACCGCGGAUGAGAGGGCUGAGCUCAUGGAAGAGGCAAUUGCUGAGCAGCGAAGAAACCAAGACGGCGGGGGCGAUACCGUGAGAGAUACAUGA